UCUGACUUUGUUGUUCGCACAGGAGAGAUACGGGACUAUCGUGGAUCCUCUGGGGAGCCUCAACAACCUCAUGAUGCUGACGAGGCAGAGAAGAGUCUCUCCAGAUCAGAACACCUCAAUAAACACCUGCAGAGAUCCACAGGGAAGAGAACUCACUGCUGCUCUGACUGUGGGAAGAGAUUCAACUCAUCAGGCAUUAAAAUGCAUCAGAGAACACACACAGGAGAGAGAACUUAUAGCUGUGAUCAAUGUGGGAAGAAUUUUACUACAUCUAGCAAUCUGACUGUACACCAGAGAAUACACACAGGAGAGAAACCUUAUAGCUGUGAUCAAUGUGGGAAGAGUUUUACUAGAUCUGGCUCUCUGACUUUACACAAAAGAACACACACAGGAGAGAAACCUUACAUCUGUGAUCAAUGUGGGAAGAGUUUUACUGCAUCUGGCUCUCUGACUUUACACCAAAGAACACACACAGGAGAGAAACCUUACAUCUGUGGUCAAUGUGGGAAGAGUUUUACUGCAUCUGGCUCUCUGACAGUGCACCAGAGAACACACACAGGAGAGAAACCUUAUAGCUGUUAUCAAUGUGGGAAGAGUUUUUGUCAAUCUGGCUAUCUGACAGUGCACCAGAGAAUACACACAGGAGAGAAACCUUAUAGCUGUGAUCAAUGUGGGAAGAGUUUUGUUCAAUCUAGCUAUCUGACAAUGCACAAGAGAACACACACAGGAGAGCCAAUGUAUAGCUAGAAACCUUAUGGCUGUGAUCAAUGUGGGAAGAGUUUUUCUACUUCUAGCUCUCUGACUGUACACCAGAGAACACACACAGGAGAGAAACCUUAUAGCUGUAAUCAAUGUGGGAAGAGUUUUACUCGGCCAAACAGCCUGAUAGWACACCAGCGAACACACACAGGAGAGAAACCUCAUAGCUGUAAUCAAUGUGGGAAGAGUUUUACUCAGCCAAACAGCCUGAUAAUACAUCAGCGGACACACACAUGA